CCAUACUUUUGCUACCCCAUCAGUCAAUUGACAAGUUUGGCUGCCUGGUCGCUGGUACCUCACUCAAAACUUCCACUUAGCAGUUUGGCUUUUUUGCCAAGUCGACCUUCUCCGGUCUCGCUCUACCCGCCUCCCGAACAAACCAACAACACUUCGCCAUUUCUUGCUGCUGGCCCUCAGAUCCAAGCAAUCCCGAGGUAUGCCAUCCAUCCCGCCCUACCCCUCAUCCCGCCUCCAUCUUCACCCUACUAA